AUGCACACGACGAAUUGGAACAUGAUGAGUCGGAGCAUGUUACAGACUAGAAGUAUAAAGUAUCAGGAAAGCCGGGCGCGGCAUAAACAUUGGUGUUCGUUCUCUGGCUUUUCUAACAUCUGUGAAGGCAAGAAGGACAUUGAUGCCUGGAUUGACGCACCUGGACUCAUCACUCUUGCUUUCGACACGGUCACUCCCAAACUCUUUGUUUUUGGAAAUGGGUUUCCAUGGCGCACCAAUGAGUUCACUGUCCGGGAUGCCACUUGGGUUGAUCUCUCCACCCACCAGCCUAAUGUCCCUUAUUUUUUCUCCCAAUGUUUAGUCCCUUCUCGAUGUGGGCAAAAAGCGCCAACAUUUAAAUCCAAGCAGUUUGCAUUGUCAGUUAUUGUACCAGCUGUGCAGUGGGCUGAGUACGAGGAGUGGCUGGAGAAAAUCGAAGAGUCUGUGGCUCAAGACUUGCCUACCGCUACUUCGACAACUUAUGACUUUGGGGGCACUGAUGACGGGAACAGUAUCAACAACUUUGAUGACGGGAAUGGUAUCAACAACUUCGAUGACGGGAGCACUAUUGAGGAUUUUGAGGAUGGGAAUGAGCCGGAAGGUGCAAACUCAAAUGACUGGGAAGGUACCAGCAACAUGGAGUCUGGGAGUUCCAACGACUUGGACUCAUCACAGGGUCAUCGGACACCUUCUCUCUCAGCAAAGCGGACGGACUCAGCAAAGGAUCGUCGGGCACCUUCUCUCUCAGCCAAGCGGACACAUGUUCAAGCGGAGAGUGAUUCUCACUCAAGCACUGUAUCGCCUCCUCGCAAGAAGGCCACAGCUGCACCGUUAUUGUCCAAAGGCUUGGAUGCACUUUGCCUCCCUGGCCGUGACUCUAUGAGAGAGGCAUUGAAGCACGGAGGCAGCGCAAAGCUAGAUGUAUCCAGUAAAGUUUUUGACCGGCAUCACGAAGAUAUCGAAUAUUAUCCAAUUCCAACCUGUUCGCUCAUUGAAAUCCUGAAGACACCGCAAUACCGCACAUUUGAACUUGACAUUUCAGACUCGCAUAUCAGCCAACUCACGAUUGAUGUUCCCCUCCACAGUAUGAUAGAGAUUGGUGCUUUCAAAACGGCUCAUCCUGGGUGGCUUACUCUAUCCCCCAUUGUUUCUAGUGGUCUUGGAUCGCGCUCUCAGCAUGGUGUGGUCGUUAAGCGACCAUUUAUUAGGGUCCCGCCAACAGGUCAGGCCACCACUGCCACCGCAUCACUCAAGAUCAUGCGAUAUUCGUCAGUGGACGAGCUGAAACAUGUCCUGAAAGAAAGUGUCGUCAUGUACUGGGCGAAGUCGCUGCUCAACUACACUUAUGAUUACAUUGACCACCAUAUCAGCACUUCACCAACACCUCCGCCCUUUGAGAUUCCUCGUCACAGUGUCAGCUCAAAACCAGGAGAAAAAUCAAACACAAAGGCAGGAACAGUUUCGGCCGUUUAUCUUCUCGAAGAGCGCAUCUUGUUUGAUGACAACCAGGAGUUUACCAAAUUCAUUCACAACAUGGAUUAUGUGCCUUCUCUCAAUGAGGAUCAAUAUGGCUAUGAUUUAGCCGUUUUCCUUGCAUUUACACAGCACAUUCAAUACAUGCAGACUGAAGGUUUGGUGUUUGUGUCUGAUUAUCAAGGGAGUUUGACACUUCUAAUGGACCCUCAAAUCUUGACUCAUCCGUCCGUAAAUGACGGAGAUGACGUCUUUGGGGGCGGGAAUAUUGAGGGCAUAGUAGAUGAGUUCGAGCGCAAGCAUUCUUGCAACCAUUACUGUAGAUGGCCAGGGUUUGGAUUGAAGCCAUUUGUCAGUUCAGAGAAGAACGACGCGUCAGUGGUCACAAGUGUGGACGAUUAG